AUGGAUCUACCUCAAAAACGAAGUCGCUUUUCUGAAGAUAAGCUAAAAGUUGUUCAAGACAUAUAUAAACGUAACCAAUCUAAUCCAAUGGCUCCUGGUGGCAUGAAAAUGCCACCUCCAGCUCAAAAUUUUUAUAUGUAUCAAAUGCCUCCUCAAUGGCCAUAUCCUUAUGCAGCUCCUCCUAUGGUCCCUGCUCCUCCUCUCCCUCAGCCUCCAGCUCAAAAGCCAACAGCGUCUAAACUUUGUACUGACAGUCUCAAAAACUUCAUAACUAAGGCUUUUAGUAAGUGCCAGAGUGAUGAGGAGCGAGACUAUAUGGAGAAGCAAAUUAAGGAAAUUAUUCAAACAGUAUUUUUAUUUUUUUUAAAAAAAAUAUUUUUACUGGAAAUAAAAAAAAAUUAAAAAAUUAUUCAAACAGCGAAAAAUAAUAAUAAAUUUCACCUUCAGGACUGAAACAACACAGAAUUGCCACUUCUUCCGAGAGAAAUUAUUGUAAUGCAGAUGAAUAGUCUUCCGGUUCAAAUCCAACAGCCUCAAGUAAGCAGAAGAAAAACAAGGUUCCAGCCAGUAGAAAUACAUGAUGACCCGAAGCCUAAAAAGAGAGAAAAAAUCGAAAAGAUUGAAAAAAUAGAAAAAUCUAAUUUUCCUCCUAAUUAUUUUUUUAUUUUUUUUUAAUAUAGAUAUCAUUAUUAAUUAUAUAACAAAUUUAAAUUUUUUUUAAUUAUUUUAAAGUAGUAAGUCAGAUAAUUUAGAAAGUGAUUGAAAAAUUGCAGGUACUUGCACAGAUUUAGAAAAACAAUAUUUCCGACUCACCUCCAAGCCAGACCCAUCUACAGUGCGCCCAGAGCCCAUCCUUCGAAAAGCAUUAGCCUGGUUUAAAGACAGAUGGAGACGUAAAGAAAUAAAAUACGAAUAUUUCUCCGACCAGCUCCGCUCAAUACGUCAAGAUCUCACUGUUCAAGGUAUUAAAGAUAAGUUUACGGUAGAAGUCUAUCAGGUCCAUACAAGACUAGCUUUAGAAGCUGGAGAUCUUGACCAAUGCAUCUCAUGCAUGAGCAGGCUUUUUGAACUUUAUGAUGAAGGAUUAUCAGGAAAACAAGCAGUAAAUAAUAAGCAGGAGUUUACCGCUUACAGGAUUAUUUAUUUUUCACUGCAGCAGCUUUAUAUACAGCUUGAAAAAUGCUUAAAAAAAUUGUCAGUCGCUGAUAAAGAAACAGAAGAAAUUAAGCAUGCGCUGGCACUGAAAAGUUCACUUAUACAUGGAAAUUAUCAUCAGGUAUUUAGACUUAGAAAAAUUGCCCCAAAUAUGGGAGCUUAUAUGAUAGAUAUUCUAUUUCAUAUAAAAAUAAUUUCCCUAUACAAUUUAUAGUAAAAAAGCUAUUUUAUAGGCGAAAGUAUAUGUUUUUACAAAAGUUACGAAAAUUUUCUCUAUUAAAAAUUUUUAAAUCGUAAGAGCUAUUUAGGUAUAUGCCAAAUGUGCCUUUGGAUUUUGUCAGCCAAGAAUUAGGUUUUUUAAACAGUUUAGAGGCAGAAACAUUUAUUAAAGAAUGCGGAGGAGUUAUUAAUGCAGGUAUUAUUGAAACUAAAGAAUCACUAGCAGCACUUAAUUCGAAUUUAGGAUAA